GCAUCACCAUGAGCACUUCCUGUCAGCUCUUCAGAGGACAGGAAGUGGAGUUCUCAGCACGCCGCAGAAACUGUUUUCUGUACAAAGGAAACGUCUCACGAAGUCGAACCAUGAACAGACGAAAACUGAGUCUCCGAUGGUUUGGGAGCCUGACCAAUCUGUCCAUCCGCCGCCCGUCAGAGAAGACCAGCGUCACAGCGACCCCAGAGCAUCAUGGGAGCCUCGGGGGCGCCAAACAGUCGGUGGACGACGUGGACGCCUGCCUCCGAAGCCCCGGGUACGCCCACUCCAGCCAGAUGUACACACAUGUGGGCACUGUGCCACGCAGCCCAGUCCCAGAAGAAGAGCAGCAGGGGGCUGAAGGAGAAGAAGAGAAGAAGGAGGAGGAGGAGGAGGAGGAGGAUCGGCGCCGGCGGAGGGCGGGGGAGCACGUCCGAGACUCCCCUCUGCUCAGUGCGCUGUCCAGCCUCAGUCUGACCAGACUGGACCAGACCAGACCUCCGCCCACCAACACCACCACCAUCACCCCACCCGGCCCGGCUUCACCUCUGACCUCGGCACACGGAAGCCGCUUCGAUGAUCCUCCCGCGGACCCCUUAAAGAGGAGCGGGGGGGCUUUAGAAAGGGAGCCUGUUAACAUGGCGACCAGUGGCCCCAGAGCGGCGUCCUCGCAGGACCUCUACGUGCCCAUGGACCCGAUAGCCGAAGCAGCUCGCCGCCAAACGCAGAAAACCGUGACGGGCGCGAGCGGCCGGCAGGAGGCGGAGCCCGAGGACAGUCGGCAGGACGUGACGGACAGCAGUGGAGAAUAUGUGAAGAAACCUAAACAUGGGAGACGCUUGAGACGUUUGCACCAGUUGGACAACCUUCCUUCGGUCCACAUCAACCCCUUCACGUCCCGUCAGGUGUCCGAGAGCCUGGUGGUGAACCACGGCGACUUCCUGCUCAGAGACUCUCAGUCCCGCCGGGGCGACUUCGUCCUCACCGUCCGCUGGGAGCAGAAGACCCUUCACUUCGUCGUCACGGCGACAGCGGCCGUCCGGUCCUCGGAGACGGACCCUGGGGUCCGGUACGGCCUCGGGGCCGAGGCCUUCGACUGCCUGCCGGACCUGGUCGGCUUCUUCGCCGGCAGCGGGGCGGCUCUGAGCCGGUGGAGCGCCGCUCGGAUCCUUCGGCCCGUGAACAGGACGCUGCCGCUGGGAUACCUGGAGACGGCGUUCGGCGCCGCCGUCAGCCCGCCGUCCUGCCGCAGGGGGCUGAAGGGCGGGAGCAGCGAGGAGGAGGUCCGUCCGGGGAGUGCUUCCUCUCUCCACCAGAGGGGGGCGGAUGUCAGCGAGCUGUCUGCUGGAGGAUCCUCGCUCUCUGCGCUGCACAUCCACCCCUCAGACUCCAGGAGCCGCGGCCCGAGCCAGGAGGCCCCGCCCCCCGAUGACCCGGGGAGCUGCUACACGGAGCUGCAGCCCGGCCCCCGGAGCUACGUGGGGAGGCUGCGGGCGGAGGGCGGGAAUGCGUACCAAUCGCCGGUGGUGGAGACGGCCUCCUCCUUCGCACCGAGCAGGUACCGCUCGCCGCUGAUGCCCGCGGAGAACCGACCCCUGGAGGCGGGGGUCCUGCGGCGGGUGAAGGAGCUGCUGGCCGAGGUCGACGCCCGCACGGCGGCAAGGCACAUCACGGCGGCUGACUGCAGGGUGGCCAGAAUUCUGGAGGUGACUCCCGAGGCGCAAAGGAUGAUGGGAGUUAGUUCUGGGAUGGAGCUGCUCACGCUGCCACACGGCCAGCGGCUGCGACUGGACCUGCUGGAGAGGUUCCAGACCAUGGCGACCACGCUGGCGGUGGACGUGUUGGGCUGCACGGGGACGACCGAGGAGCGGGCCGGCCUGCUGCACAAAAUCAUCCAGGUCGCGGCGGAGCUGAAGGGCACCACGGGCGACAUGUUCGGCUUCGCCGCCGUCAUGAGGGCGCUGGAGCUGCCGCAGGUGUCCCGUCUGGAGCAGACCUGGACGGCGCUGCGGCAGCGCCACACCGAGGGCGCCAUCCUCUACGAGAAGACGCUGAGGCCCUUCAUGAAGAGCCUGAACGACGGCAGAGAGAGCUGCCCGCUGGCCGGCACCACCUUCCCCCACGUCCUGCCCCUCCUCUCCCUGCUGGAGAAGGGCGUGACGGUGGGCGAGUGGGCGGAGCCGUGGGAGACGGCGGAGGCCGGGCUGGACGUGGUCAUGUUCCACCUGGGGGCCGCCAGGACCAUCGCUCAGCUGGGGGGCGUCUACCGCUCCAACGCCGAGAGCAAGCUCCAAGGUUUCCCGGAGCAGCCGGAGGUCCUGGAGCUCUUCCUGACCGACUUCCAGAUGAGGCUGCUGUGGGGGAGCAGGGGCGCCGAGGAGAGCCAGGCCCUGCGACACGCCAAGUUCGACCAGGUGCUGACCGCCUUGUCCAACCGGCUGGAGCCGCCGGUGCGGCCGCGCUGACCCCCCCGACCUCUCUCUGUUGUCUCUGUUCGGAUGGGCGGACCCCCAGGAGCCUCGGAGCUCACGGUCUGCACGUCUGACUUGAUGGUUUGUUUCCUCACAAACGGCCCGUGAAGUCAUUUUCCAUCCUCCUGGUUCCUUACCGGAAGACUUUAACGCGUCAGAACUGAACCGGAUCUCGCCGCUACCAAGACCUCCUCCAUCCAACUGUGCACCAGGAUGGAACAUGGAAGUCCUCUGUGUACGUGUGCAGCACCGGGUUCUUUUGCUUUUGUGCUGUGGAAACCAAAGCGGAAGUUGUUUUCUUGUUUUGGUGACGAUGAGGCUGAGCCUCCGUGUGCGAGAAAUGUCUCUGUGUCUGGAGGCCGGACCGUCCCCUCAACCUGCCGACGUGUCAUAUUGUUUGACACAAUAACAGAAUAGAUUCCUCAUGUGAAUAAAGUGAUGCUGACGCCUUCAUCCAGUUCAGAACUUCAGUUUGAUUCCAGGUUCCAGGUUAAUAAUUUAUUUACUUAUUUCCCGGACUUAACUAAAACCGAUUCACCCGCAAGACUGUUUAGAAGGAAUGUGGGAAUUAUUUCCAGAAAACUAGACGGUUGUUUCGGUCCUCUGAGGCCCUUGGUGCUGGAUGGCGAGAAGGAAAACGCGUUAGGAACAUCGCGACAACCUUUAAAACACAAAGACCACAGACUUGUUCGCUCCUAAUUAAAACACGUCUUUCUUAAGUGUUUUUCAAAAGCGUGUAUUCCCUCUAAGGUGAUGUGUCAUGAAUGGAUAAAUAAAUAAAACAAAAGCAUGCAAAAACCUUCAUAUUCAGUUUUUACCAUCUCAAUACUCAAUACGUUUGAUUUUGAAUGACCAGUUAUUACAAAUGUGUACCUAAGUUUAUUUUUGUUGAAUUACUUACUAAUAACACAUGUUUUGUAUUCAGUGUAACAAACAUAUGUUCAUGAUAAACUGUUGGAUAAACAGUAACACAAUAAAACGGGACUUUUCUUUCCAGA